GGACGUUGUGCUGGUAUCAGACAAGAUUUAGCAAACUGCAUCCUCAAAUCCGAUUGCGUACUUCAACCACCUUAUCGAACACCGAAAGAUUGUCUUCAAAAUCAUAUGUCGGAAUUACCUGAAGAGUGUUUACACCUUCGCUACGCAUUCUUCGAUUGCAAAAGGGGUCUUCUCGACAUGCGAAAGCGCUUCAGAGGCUUAGAUCCA